CGAGAGCCUCGUAGCGCGGAUGGAUGACCGAACGCGCUUUUCGUAACAUAAUAACAAAGAAAUAUAUUGCUAAUAUCUAAUUACCGUGCCUUUCGAUUGAGUACUUGUAAACGAUAAAGUACUAAGUAAUGAUAAAGACUACACGAAGAGGAGUAUAGUCACUAUGUUGCUACUGAUGAUCGUAUCGUUUAUCCCCCUUGUGUGGGGUGCGUCGGGACCCUGCGAGCGCGCCCCGCCGCACGCUCAGCCCGCGGACGCACAUUAUAAAUUGGGGGUAGCUGGAGACCCCGAUUUAUAUCUACCGGGUGAACUUUACUCAGUAUCAUUACAAGGUGUUGAUGGUGGCCAAGGACCCACACCGUUUAUAGGCUUUAUCAUUUGGGCGGAAUUGGAUCAUGGUUUUAAUUCAAGUGCCAACACUACUAAUGUUACCAUAAGCAAUGAGUCUCCAGGUAUAUUUCAGGCUUAUGAUGCCCAAACAAAACCACAUGAAUCAUGCAUGCCCGCGGUGGAUAAUGCAACUGCACACCCUAAAACUGAAAUACAGGUGAUAUGGAAUGCGCCGUCUGGUUCAAUUCAAACAUGCGUGCGUCUAUGCGCACGUGCGUUCCACCCCGAUACGGGCGCGGUUUCGUCCCUUGUGCGUAAGUUAUGCCCGGCUCCUGUUUUACCCACGACGCCUGAUAGGCAGCCUCCUAUAGUGGAGCCCUGCUGCGCUUGCGAUGAAGCUAAGUAUGAGGUAACCUUCGAAGGUCUAUGGUCCCGUAACACGCAUCCAAAGGAAUUUCCACCGGAAUCAGCUAGAGCUCAUUUCGGAGAUGUGAUUGGUGCAUCUCAUACCGCGCAGUUCAGGGUGUGGCAGGAGGGUCGGGUGGCCACCGCUGGGUUGAGGAGAUUGGCUGAUGAUGGGACCACCACGACAUUGGAAAAAGAGCUGAAAUCGGAGAGCGAUCACAUACGCACUAUAAUCAAAGCUCGCGGCAUAUCCUGGCAGCAAGUGGUCGGCACUGGUAUACCCAGUACCUUUGCAGUGUUCCGAGUGGACGCUAAACACCAUCUGGUGUCAUUAGCCUCUAAACUAGCUCCAUCACCUGACUGGAUUGUUGGCGUAUCUGCGCUGGAGCUAUGUAACUUGAACUGCACUUGGAGACGAUCUGCAGUUCUGCCGCUAUAUCCUUAUGAUGCGGGGACGGACAGUGGAAUUAGUUAUACAUCCAGACGCAGCCCAACCUUACCACCGGCGCCGGUUCGCGCGCUUCGCCCGGAGUGGCCGCGCGAUGUUCGCUCGCCUUUCUACAGCUCUACGGGCGAGAUGCGGCCAUUUGCACGCCUUCGCCUUAAUAGACUACGCUUGUAUGAAAAGUCGUGUGAUGUUACAGGCUCAGAACCAGGUAAUGAGAAAACUCCCGAAGGAGUGAUUCGUACUGGCGGAGGAUCUUGCGCUACUCACGCGUGGGGCCCCUGGGGCCCUUGCAGCGUUACGUGCGGGGAGGGCCAUGCGGCCCGCCAACGGCACUACUUGUGGCCAGCGAGGGCGAAGGCCGACGCUUGUAGGACUCCGCUGACAGACUAUAGACGGUGCCAGGGACCGAGGUUGCAUUGCAGAGUACAAUCGGAAUACGAGCCGGAUCCCGCGGAGUCCACGGGCCCGUGCGCAGUAUCCCCCUGGUCGGAGUGGUCGCCGUGCGCGGGGUGCGGCGUGCGCGCCCGUACGCGCCACUACAUCGCCCCACGCGCGCUCAAGCGCUGCAACGUGGGCUUUCGAGCGAGGAUCGUGCUGAGCCAAGCCAUGCCGUGCGAGGCGGGACCGUGCUUCAAGCCUCCAGGACAAUUUGCAAAUGCAUCUAACUACGAUUGGUUCUUUGUGGAUAACCCACGCGGAGAGUGCGCGGUAACACCAUGGGGAGCGUGGUCACCUUGUUCUGCGAAGUGCGGGCGUGGUCGCAGGAUCCGGACUAGGAUGUACAUUUCAAAGGAUCCAAGGGUUCAGAAACUGUUAAACAAACGGUUACUUAGCGACUGGAACCAGCGGUUCGCAGAGUUCCAGAACUUGACAUUCCCUGCUGAGAACAUAACGAGUGACAAUCCGAAUGUAGACCUUCUAGUCCAGGAGCAUCUAGACAGAUGUCAGUUCACGUUGACUCAGCAAGAGGCUCUAUGCGAUGGGGACGACAGCUCUUGUGAUGGUGGAAUACCAUUUGAAAUAUGCAAAUUACCCAUAUCAGUGGGUCCAUGCCGAAGCUACGAGGAGCGUUGGUUCUUCGACUCCAAGCGCGGGAUUUGCGAGCCCUUCGGGUAUACAGGGUGUGGGGGCAACUCCAAUAACUUCCGCGAUAGACAGACUUGUGAAAAAGCAUGUGUUGGACGAAAUGAUACGGGCACUGUAAUCCCACCCGUAGUAGAGGCGAGCACUAAAAAGCUCAAAGCGACACCACCUGCGGUCGAUAAUGAAGUACUACAGAACGACGCUCCACCGGUUGAAGACGUGAACUGCGAGAUGGGUCCGUGGCUCGGCUGGUCCGAGUGUUUCGGAGAAUGCGAUGUUGCAGUUAAACUUAACUUCAGGCUCGUUCAGCGUCCCGCCUCCGGCUUAGGAAACCCUUGUCAGAAAGUAGUGAAAAGCCGUAUUUGUAAACCGAGACACUGUAAACAUAGUAACGUCUCAGAUACCUUAAACGUUGAAGAUAAUAAUAAUUAUGAAUAGUAUAUGUAAUUCAUUCAAUGUACUUGCAAAUGUACGUUUUGUUUAGGAAUCCAGUAAUAGUGCAUUGUAGGCAUUGAGAUAAUAUAACUACGUAUGGAGGAGACACCACGAUCAAAAUCUGUGCGCCAUUUUACAACAUAAGUGAUGUAGGCGGUGUCGUCUCCAUAUGUAU